CUUUCUGAUCCUAAAUAUAUACUCAUUCAUUGUAUAGUGGCGCUACGCAUGCUGGUUUCAAUGCUCUCAUGGUACUUUGAUACGCAUUUAUAUCAGCUAAAGUUGAUGGAUGAGUAUGCCCGUGAGGUUAUACACUUAAUAUGUCAUCAGUCAUUUUCAGAAUUAGAUCAGAACCAGUUUGUGCAAAGUAGAGCUGUGGAAGCAACAUUCCAGGCUAUCAAGAACGGCAUCCCUGAUAUUGUGAAAGAAAUUACAAAAGCUAAUGCAAAUAUAUUAUGGAGCAGUACAGAUCCUGAAGAUUCAAGAUCAAAAAUUCAAAACAUAUUUGCUUGUGCUGUAGCACAUCGUCAAGAGAGAGUGGCACACCUUCUUUAUGAAUCUGAAAAGGAGAAAAACAUGCUUUUUAUCACUGAUGAAGAUGGAAAUAAUACAUUACAUCUAGCAGCAAAGUUACCUCCUCAUUAUCAAUUAGGUUACAUCCAUGCUGCAGCUUUGCAGUUGCAAAAUGAAGUACGUUGGUUCAAGGCGGUAAAAAAAAUUGUUCCUAGAUCUUUCAACGGACACAAAAAUGAAGACAAUGAAACCCCUUUGGAAGUGUUUGUUAGAGAACACAAGGAUUUGCUAAAAGAAGCGGAAGAAUGGGUAAAGAAAACAGCAAAAUCUUCAACAGUCGUUGGUGCUCUUAUUAUCACAAUUAUGUUUGCAGUCGCUUUCACUGUUCCUGGUGGGAAUGAUCAAAGUGCAGGCUUUCCCAUACUUUUGCACAAAACUCCGAUACCGUUUAUGAUAUUUAUGGUAUCAGAUGCGGUUUCUCUUUUUACCGCAUCCAGUUCAGUGUUAAUGUUUUUAGGGAUUCUGACUUCACAUUAUUCUGAUGAAGAUUACCGCGAAACCUUCCUCUUGAUUAUCGGCCUUACUUCACUCUUCGUCUCUAUUGCAACAAUGACCAUAGCAUUUUGUGCAGCUCUUUUCAUUAUGCUGCAGGGUCAAGGCGGAUUGGGGUUAGUCAUUCCUGUAACUCUGCUUGCUGGUAUUCCUAUCACAUGCUUCGUGUUGCUGCAAUUUCCUCUUCUGGUUGAGAUUUUGGGUUUGACUUUAAGCCCAAACAUCUUUGGUAAGAAAGAAACAUCCUGGAUGGGGAUAAUGACAGCAGAUAUUUCCACCAAAAAAAGAGUGACAGCAGAUGUGUUCGCUUGGGGGCUCAGGAGCUUGAGGGGUUGAGGACAGUGGCAAAAAUUUUUGCAAUGUCUAUGAUUCGGGUGAAUUAGUCACUUAAAUGAAUGUGGCUUUGAAUAAAAUUUUUUUUUUUUU